CAUGCUUUCCACCUAUUCUACCCAGGGCAUCUUCUAACUUUCCUUUUGCAACUAACACUACUGCUGCUACUGCUGCUUCUUUAGCUUCUUCGUCUUUUAGUGCUUCAUCUGAAGAACGACAUUCUGAUCGACCGAGAGGUUUGGCGCCCAAGGGCGCUUCUGCCUCGCGAGGGAAAAUGCAAUACGUAAAAGGCUCCUAUAGAGCUGCGACAUCGCCAGCAGCUCAGAGAACGUAUUUGAGCGCUGCAUUAUUUGGGGCCGCAUCCUUGGCGCUAUUGUGCAUCGCUGCUUUGGCUUAUCCCAUCUUCUACUACAAUUACGUGCCUAAGAAGCUUAUAUCGAUCCCGGUGCAUUUACAAUAUGACUCCGGUAUUAAUCCAUAUGGCGUCGCAUCACUUUCCUCGAGCCUCAUGCUCGAGCAGGCUUACGACGUAUCGAUAGAACUCACAGUGCCGCGGUCUCCCUCGAAUCUCCAAAAGGGAAACUUCAUGGUCGCUCUAUUCGCGAUGAAAUCCGUGCCGGAUAAUCGCGCGUUCGCAUUUUCUUUCUCAGCUGCGACCGAGGACCCUUACGCCCACCUAAAGGAAGAUAAUGUCGUUUUUAUGAGUCGUCGGCCUACGUUGAUCCCGUACGAAGACCCGCUCGUAAGUACAGCAUCACGCGUCAUGUUUUUGCUAUAUCACAUAUUCUACCCCGGAGCUUCGGAGCAGACGACACUCACGAUUCCGAUGGGCGAGUUAGUCGAAUUCAGAAAUGUAUUGCCGCUUAGUAUCCUACUCGAUGUGCAGGCCGGGCAGACGCUUCAGGUAUAUUCGGCUACAGUCACGCUUGUCGCUCGUUUAACGGGGAUUCGUUGGGCGAUGUACAAUCACCGGAUUAUCUCAUUUGUCGUGUGUACGACUGUCUUCUGGAUUGCGGAGAUGAUAUUCACGGGGCUGGCAUGGUUAAUAUUAAGCCACUUCAUGAGUCGAAAACCUGAUGGAGCCGGAGAAAUUGGGCAGGAUAUUGUUGCUGGUGGUCCUUGGAUGGGUCCACCUCCUAAGGGUAUGCCACAUGAUGAAACGGGGGAUUCGGAUAGUGAUGGAGAUUCAGAAGUUAAGAAAGAGGAAGACGACGACGACGAUGAUGUGGAAGUCAAAGAAGAGACCCCGGAGCGAGAGACCUUGGUGGAUCAGCCGGCGGACGAUGAGGAAGAUGGUGAUGAUGUCUGGAGAGAGUCAGGUGCUGGGACAAGUUACAGUCACGAGAAGGAGGGAAGUCUGCGUAGACGAUCGUCACGAGGAGGAAAGUCUUGAUUGAUUGAUGGCAUGGGAUACUCGGACGUAGAGUAGAUGUUCUUGGUCACCCAUUUAUUCUAUUUAAUAUGAAGUUAUUUCACCAUUA